AUGGCACGAUCGCCACCUUCUGUUCUCAUAUUGGCUCUUGUUGUGUUUGUAAUUCUAUCCUCAUUGAAUCUAUUCCACAGACUGGGCCCAUCGGUGCUGGACCUCUGUGCUGACAAUCUCAACUUCCACAUCCUGCAAGGUCAGAAACCUGACAGAGAUGCUGGAGACCAAUUCCUCCUCGGCGUCGGCAAGGGCGACAUCACCGGACCUGUGGCCGAGAUCAACUUCAUGGGAUAUGCUGAUACCGCUCAGCUGGGCACUGGACUGAGGCAACGUCUCUAUUCACGUGCCUUCAUCAUCGCCAGUCGGGACCAACCGAAGGAUCGCCUUGUCUAUCUCGUAAUCGAUACGGCGUGCGGUGAUACUGCCAUUCGACAUGGGAUACUCGAGGGCUUGAGAGACCUGGGCGAAGAAUAUGCCAUGUACGGCCAGAACAACGUCGCAGUGACCGGCACCCACUCUCACAGCGGACCCGGCGCGUGGCUGAACUAUUUACUUCAUCAAAUCACAAGCAAAGGCUUCGAUAGGCCCUCGUAUCACGCCAUUGUCGAAGGCGCCAUUGCGUCGAUAAGACAGGCCCACGAAGCUCUUGGCCCGGGCCAUCUGAGCAUUGGUCAUAUCGAAAUCGAAGAUGCCAACAUCAAUAGAAGCCCAUGGUCGUACUUACAGAACCCCGCAGAAGAACGAGACCGGUACAAGCACGAUGUCGACAGAAUGAUGACCCUCCUUCGCUUCACAAGCGCGACCGAGUCCGGGCCCCAAGACAUUGGCGUGCUCACCUGGUUUGCAGUCCAUGGCACCAGCAUGUUUGGCAACAACACUUUGGUCACAGGUGAUAACAAAGGCUUAGCUGCUGCCCUGUUCGAAGAUUCUGUUGGCGAUCCCUCAUUUGUGGCAGGGUUUUCCCAAGCGAACGUGGGCGAUACAACACCCAAGGUACUAGGCGCUUACUGCGAGUCUGGCCCUCAAGCGGGCGAGCCGUGCGACUUCAAGACCAGCCUGUGCGGUAACAGCACUCAAGGCUGUCAUGGUCGCGGGCCACACUACGGACGCGACGAUGGCGGAUCGGCAGACAAUUACGAAAUCGGUCUUCGCCAGUUCAAGGGUGCUAGACAGCUUUUCGAUGAUGAGAAUCGCUUCGUCCCGGUCAGAGGAGAUGUCGUCAGAAGUGUGCAUCAAUUUGCAGACCUCAGCCACUUUACAUUCUCCCUGCCUAACGGCACGGAGGUCAGAACGUGUCCUGCUGCCUUGGGAUAUUCCUUUCCUGCGGGUACGUCUGACUGGCCAGGGCAUUUCGACUUCAAGCAAGGCCAGCCCAAUGACCCACAUGCGAGCCCGUUGUGGAACGUGGUCAAGAAUGGACUUCACGCCCCCAAUGAGACGCAGCAAGCUUGUCACAGAGAGAAACCAAUACUGCUAGAUGUUGGGGAGACGAAGACGCCCUACGACUGGACGCCAAAUAUCGUCGAUAUCCAGCUCUUCCGGGUUGGCCAACUGUUUAUGAUUGUGUCUCCUGGCGAGGCAACUACUAUGGCUGGUCGAAGAUGGAGGGACGCCCUGGAGGCUUCUACCGUCUCGACCUUCACAGACUUAGACGAGGACCAAGAGCCGACGGUGGUACUUGGUGGCCCGGCCAAUACCUAUGCUCACUACAUCACCACGCCUGAAGAAUACGGUGCGCAGCGAUACGAAGGCGCAUCUACGCUAUACGGUCCGUGGACGCUGGAUGCCUACAUCAAUCUCACGUUGACGUACCUUCCACGCCUAGCUGCAUCAACUCGUAACUGGCCGCACCUGGACCAUGGACCGAAGCCGCCGAUCUUCGUCAACAAAAGUCUCAGCUUCAUCUCGCCCGUCGUCGUGGACAGAGCACCCUUUUUCAAACAUUUUGGCGACGUCCUCACCGAUGUAGAUGGUACCUACGACGCAGGAGACUCGAUCAAGGCAACGUUUGUCGGAGCCAACCCACGUAACAACUUCCGUCUCGGUGGCACUUUUGCCGCGGUGGAGAAGUAUAACGCAGACAGCGGAGUGUGGGGCCAAGUCCGCGAUGACGGGGACUGGAGCCUCGUCUACGAAUGGAAGCGCACGUCCGAGGCGCUCGGCACGAGUGAAGUUACGAUCUCAUGGCAAACGAAAUGGGAGACUGGGUCGUGGAAGGACGGAAGCGGAAAGGAGGAGGAUGUGAAGACGCCGCACGGAGACCUGCUGGUUCGGGACCAUGGCUUGCGGGGGAAGUAUAGACUGCGGUACUAUGGGGAUAGCAAGUCUCUCGGAGGGCGAAUUUCUGCUUUUGAGGGCACGAGCGGAGACUUUACGGUUUUAUGA